UAUUCUUCUCCCACAUCGAUCAGUUUGCACACGUCCAGCUUGUUCUGUUUUAAAUUGGGAGGGGUGCUAGGACACUAUGGAUGUAUUUUAUUUUUCUGUAAAAUAUAUAGAUAUGUUUUGUACACUUUUAUGUUUGGACAACUAAUUUUUCAAAAUAGAGCAAAUCUUAUCCUCAAGGGGGAAAAGUAAUGUGAAGGAAGGAAAAUAGAAGGAAAAAGAGAGUCUUGGCAAAAAAAGGAAAUGCUAGGUAGUUUGUAACCCAAGAUGGAGAUCUGUGAUGGGAGAUGGCUGUGCCAUCCAUGAACUCCCAGGACAACUGCUGCCAACAAGAGCAUUGACCUGCUUACCACCCCAGCCCUAAACAGUGUUCCUCAGAUUGUCUGUGCUCAGGAAAACAUCGGGUCCUUCCUCUUAAUUGCCAGGGUGGCAACCAUCCCACCCCACCUUGAGCUCUCCAUCUACAUUCCAUCAGGUCUUGAACACCAAACACUUGUCAUGUAAAAGAGUUUCUUAACUCAUCCAUUCAGAUUUCUUCCUUUACUGAGCAAACUUCCUUCUCUUGUCCUCACAUUAUCUUCAGUUUAUUUGCCUUCAAUUCCGUGGGAGCUGACAGUUUGCAGGCAUUCCCCAGUGUUCCCUGAAUGCAGAAAGACACACUCCCACAGCUUCUCAACCUCUUCAAAUGGAGCCUGGAUCCGUCAGCAUGUAUUUUAAGGCUGGUUCUGCCCAUGGCUAAAGAAAGGCCACUUUGGAGACGCAGGUCAGAUGCAUGUGAUCUGGACUGGAUCUUCACAUGAAAGAUUUUUUUAUAUUGCACAUUACUAGAAAAAUAAGAGUAUGAUCUACACAGUAAAUAUUUUAUCAAAGUUGAUAUUUAGUAGUCGCUUUUUUAUCGAAAGAAUUCCAUUCACUUAGAAAUAUGAAAAGUAUUGUAUAUGCCACUCAUUCUCCAGUAGCUCAGAAUAAAUAUAGUUGUAUAUAUAAAGCAAAAGUUGGAGUAACAAAAAGUGGUACAUAAGGGAAUUCUUUAAGCUAUUCUUGCACGUUUUCUGUAGCUUUGCAUUUUAUAUAAAGUGUUUUACAUCUCAAAUAGUGGAUAGAAUUAAGACAGUAUUGAACAAAUUUCAAUCUCUACUUAAACAUUUCAAUAUCAACAGUUUGUCAUAAAAAUAUAAAGAUUUUUUUUUAUUUCUAGCACCCAGAACAAGACAAUUGGCAACAGUGUCGAUCUAAUUUUGCCACAUUGCAUAUAAUGUUGCGAUUAGUUUUCAUUUGUAGGAUUUGCUUAGCAAAUCACGUUUUUAAAGGACAAAGGGGCAAAGUCUCUAGUAUGAAUGAGGUCACUUCACAUCAGGAGCAUCCUUCUCCUUGAUACAAACACACUGUCACCCAAUCCAUAGUCCAGACACCACAUUUAUAAACAAGGGUAAAGUAGAAAAAUCACAAGUAAUUGUGCAAAAUAUAUGCCUCAAAAUAGUAAAUAAUCCUAUAGGUAAAUUUAUUAGGGAAAUUCCAUGGAAGGAUUUCUAUGCCAAUCCUUACUAGGUGGGCAUAAUGAGAUAUUCAGGACUACCAUAGUAUCCAGAAAAAAAUACAUGUUGAUUAAAUUAUUGUUGAAGUAAUGAGGAGUGGUUAAUUAACUGGUAUUUUCUACCAGCUGUUUCUGCCCUAAAACCAGAAGUCAAAGACACCAACCAGAGGUUCCAUUCAUCACCCACCACUGGUUCCAGGUUUCCUCACUGCCACUAGAGCUUUUGUCCAGGAGAAACAGGGAAAGAGAAGGACCUGCUGGGUAAGCAAAGGCAGAGAAGAAAUGCCCACUUAACGUGACCUGACAAACACCUCGGGUGAAGCUUUACAAACACAGUGACACACACAGGUUUGACAGCCUCAUCCCACCACCUGUGGAUAGGCCAUGACCAACCAAAGCUCCCCGGCGGGCUUCCUCCUUCUGGGCUUCUCUGAACAUCCAGAGCUAGAAAAGACUCUCUUCGUGGUUGUCUUGACUUCUUACUUGCUGACCUUGGUGGGCAACACACUCAUCAUCCUGCUGUCCGUGCAGGACCCCAGGCUCCACUCUCCAAUGUACUUUUUCCUCUCCAACCUCUCAUUCUUAGACCUCUGCUUCACAACAAGCUGUGUCCCCCAGAUGCUUGUCAACCUCUGGGGCACCGAGAAGACCAUCAGCUCCCUGGGCUGCUCUGUCCAGCUCUUCACCUUCCUGUCCCUGGGGACCACUGAGUGCGUCCUCCUGACAGUGAUGGCCUUGGACCGCUACGUGGCGGUCUGUCAACCCCUCCACUAUGCCACUGUCGUCCACCCCCGCCUGUGCUGGAAAAUGGCAGCUGUGGCCUGGGUUAUGGGUCUCAUCCAAUCUAUAGUCCAGACACCGCCCACCCUCCACCUACCCUUCUGUCCCCACAGGCAGAUAGAUGACUUCUUAUGUGAAGUCCCAUCCCUAAUUCGACUGUCCUGUGGGGACACCACCUACAAUGAAAUUCAGUUAGCUGUGUCCAGUGUCAUCUUUGUGGUUGUUCCUCUCAGCCUCAUUCUCAUCUCUUAUGGUGCCAUUGCCCGGGCAGUGCUGAAGAUUCACUCUGCUGAAGCAUGGAGAAAGGCUUUAGCAACGUGCUCCUCGCAUCUCACUGUGGUCACCCUCUUCUACAGCUCAGUCAUUGCCGUCUACCUCCAGCCCAGAAACCCCUACGCCCAAGAGAGGGGCAAGUUCUUUGGUCUCUCCUAUGCAGUGGGCACUCCUGUUCUUAACCCUCUCAUAUACACCUUGAGAAACAAGGAGGUAAAGAGGGCACUGAGGAGGAUGCUGGGGAAGGAUUGGGAGUCCAGGCAGAGCUGAAGGGGAGCUGCUUGUUGUA